GACAACUUGAGUCCUUGACGAUGCUGGAUGCUAUAACUGGUGCGUACCCGGUUUACCGAAGCAUUGCCCUGCCGAUCAACAUGAUGAUUAGUUAUACCAUUAUUACUGUAGCACGAUUCUGAUUCCCUCUCGUCAGGCCAGGGGAAAAGGGAGCACCAGCGUGUGUCGGUGCUGUUCUUUCUCCCACUGACUGCACCUCUUGAGCCAAGAGAAAACGACCGGCCUCGCUGCAGUCUGCAUGGAAGUUAUGGACACGACGACGACUCCCCAUCCGCUGCUGACAACGCCAUUCAUCCAUCCAUCGAUCCAUCCGACACCGUGGUCACCAACCGGUUGUUAUGCUAAUCUCUCCGCGUGACCCCGGCCACUUUGUCGUCGGCUCAUCGCUAUUGCUGACGCUACGUUCCAAAUGACAGAAUCAAUCAGAGAUUCAGAGGACAAGGUCACAAGGAAUGUAGCAAAGAUGUUCUGACCCUUUCCUCAUUUCAGGUCUUAGCAGCAGCCGCCGACAGCAGAUCAAAAUCUUCACCUGCCACAGGAUGUAAAGCGAUGCAGGAGUACGACGAGAGUGUUCCACAGUGGCAUUAGUAUCUUUACCAAAUCUCUCUUUGUUUUUCUCUUGAGUUUUACUCAUAUAUGCACAGACUGCAGGAGAAGAUAUAAGUAGCAGCUUGGCAGUUCAGUUCGGUCGCUUCUCGCCACGUCGUCUAUGGCUAUACCACCAUGCAAGCUACUUCACUGAAUACGAGUACAAGCAUACAAGGAAUCAUUAAGGAGAACGAUCCAAGAGCCUGACGUUAUUUAAUCGGCGGAUAAGUGCAGUUCAAUGCCGAGCUCACUCGCACAAGUGGUUGCGGAGCACGUACGGCAGCGAGUCUGAGCCGCUUGUCUAGGCCGUCAUGGGCAUGGCCAACGCCAACAAGCGCAUCAACCUCACAGCGCCGCUUCUGUCCGUCCGGCGCCACGGUGGCGAUGGCACCGAGACCACGGUCACGGGGUUGCCGGCAUCAUACAAGGCGGACGCCAGGUCGGGGGCUUUGGGCGACACCGGCGCCGUGCCGUUCGGGUGGGAGCACCGUCCCGGCCACCCCAAGAGCGUCCGCACCCGCCGGCCGCCGCCGGUGCCUUCCUUGACGAUCAUCGCCGACGACGAUCCCAAGCGCGCGGCGCAGGAACGGGCCGCGGCGGUGAUCGUGGCCUCCGAGCGCGCGCGGGAGGAGGAGCUCUUCUCGGACGCGCUCUCCCGCGACGACGUCAGCUGCGUCACCGUGAACUGCAGCGCGACGACCGUGCUCAGCGACGCCGCGGGGGCGGGGGCGCGCGGAGGGCCGCCCCGCGCCCGCGGCGGCAGCGUCAUGAUGGAGCGCUUCCUGCCGGCCGCGCACGCCGUGGCCGCGGGCUCCCCGCAGAACACCUUCCGGAAGGCCACGCGAUCGCCCGCGGUGGCGAGCGCGCGCACGGGCGGCGGCGACAGGUCGCCAGCGCGAGCGCAGAGGCGGCUGCCCCUCCAGCACAUCGCGGCGUAUCACCUGCCACCCCUCCCUCCCGGCGGAGGCAAGAACGAGGAGGAGGAGGACGACGACGACGACGCCGAGUCCGACGCGCACAGCACGGCGGGCUUCGCGUCCAGGAGGUGCGGGUGGCUCCCGAGCCGGUGCGUGAAGAGCGCCAGGCUGCUCUCCCGCGGAUCGCGGCUAGGGGUGGGCAGACCGUUCCUGCCCAUCGGCAGCGGAAGCCGGAGAGGAACGGAUCCACCACUGCUGCGGCGAUCGCGGAACGGGCAGCAGCAACCGCAGCAUACCGGCGACGAUCCCGGCAUGCAAUCGUGGGAGGAGGUGUACAUCAAAUCGCUGCUCCGAUCAGGCGGCGGCGGCGGCGGCGGCCUGAUGGGACCGGCGGCCGCCGUGGCCUCAGAGCUGGACAGAACAGUGCGCGAGCUCUACAGGCACCGAGGAGGACAGACCGUCCAACCGAAGCCGAAGGCGAGCCACCUCGGUCUGCUCCUGGUUCUCGACAGGUCAAACGAGGAUUGCGGCCGGGUGUACAAGAAGUACCACGGCUCGUCGGCGUGGAACCUCCCUAAAACCGGCGACGCCCCAUUGCCGCUGCCGUCUACAGAAAGCUCGCCGAACUCCGGGAACAAGCUCGGGCGUGGCGUCACCGGCGACUACGGUUUCCCGCUGCUCCUGGAAGACGCGGAGGCCGUCGCCGGGCGUGAGAUGGCGCUGUCGCCGACGCCCCUGCUCCCGUUGCCGCUGCCCGCGUCGCCCACGGAGUCGUGGCUGUCGCGCGCGCUGCCUUCGGUGUCAGCCCGGCCCCCGGCGGCGACGUCUUUCCUGGGCCUCCAUGUGCAGCCCAAGAAACAUGCCCCGCUGCCGUCGUGGUGCGCCGUUGAUUCGGGCAGGGGCGCCGACCAUGACAGGCAACGGCAAAGGCGCGUGCACGAUCUGCAGAAAUAAUGGAACCUACCCUGGCAUGAUGUUGUGCGUCUGACUUUGCAUGAUCGUGCCAACUGCUAAGUAGUUGCUCCGGGUGCUUAUCUAGGAAUGUGAUGGGUUCUUGGUAAUCUCCAAGGGCGUGUAGCAUGCUUGUAUCGACAAUGUUCCAUAUAUGCAGCUCCAGAUAAGUUGAUGCCAAUGUAAAGUAUACUACCCAUGCUGCAAAAUGUACUGUUAGCACAUUACUCCA